GGGGGGCCGGGACCCGGCGCGGCGGUUUCAAGCUCCCCCGCGGGCGGCGCGGCCGGAGCCGCCGGGGCCGGGGCCGGGGCCGGGGCCGGGAUGGCGGCGGGGAGCCGGGAGCGGCACCGGGGCCGCUGACAAGCGGGGGCCGGGUCGCCUUCCCACCCACCCCCCCCAGCAUGUACGGCAAGGGCAAGGGCUCCGGUGUGCCCUCGGACGGCCAGGCCCGGGAGAAGCUGGCGCUGUACGUCUAUGAGUACCUGCUGCACGUGGGGGCCCAGAAAUCAGCCCAGACCUUCCUGUCAGAGAUCCGAUGGGAGAAGAACAUCACCCUGGGCGAGCCCCCCGGCUUCCUGCACUCCUGGUGGUGCGUGUUCUGGGAUCUGUACUGCGCCGCUCCCGACCGCCGGGAGACCUGCGAGCACUCCAGCGAGGCCAAAGCCUUCCAUGACUAUAGCGCAGCGGCAGCCCCCAGCCCGGUGAUGGGGAACCUGCCCCCAGGGGACGGCAUGCCGGGGGGGCCCAUGCCCCCCGCCUUCUUCCAGGGACCCGCGGGCUCUCAGCCAUCGCCCCACGCCCAACCUCCGCCCCACACCCCCGGCCCCCCCCCCAUGCUGGGGCCGCACAGCCAGCCCUUCAUGUCCCCUCGGUACCCCGGCGGCCCCCGGCCCCCCCUCCGGAUGCCCAACCAGCCCCCCGUGGGUGUCCCUGGCUCCCAGCCGCUGCUGCCCAGCGCCAUGGACCCAGCUGCACGCCCGCAGGGGCAUCCCGGCAUGGGGGGCCCCAUGCAGCGAAUGAACCCCCCGAGAGGCAUGGCCGGGAUGGCCCCGCAGACCUACGGCGGUGGGAUGCGGCCCCCCCCCAGCUCGCUGCCCGGCCCGGGCAUGCCUGCCAUGAACAUGGGCCCCGGGGGCCGCGGGCCCUGGCCGAACCCCAGCGCCAACUCCAUUGCCUACUCCUCCUCAUCCCCUGGGAACUACGUGGGCCCUCCCGGGGGUGGUGGCCCCCCUGGCACCCCCAUCCUGCCCAGCCCCGGAGACUCCACCAACUCCAGUGAGAACAUGUACACCAUGAUGAACCCCAUCGGGCCCGGGGGCAGCAGGCCCAACUUCCCAAUGGGGCCUGGACCUGAGGGGCCCAUGGGUGGCAUGGGCGCCAUGGAGCCACACCACAUGAACGGAUCCCUAGGCUCUGGGGACAUGGAUGGGCUGCCAAAGAGCUCCCCCAGUAACCUGGGGGCGCUGAGCAACCCCCCCGGGACGCCGCGGGACGAGGCGGAGCUGAGCAGCAACUUCCUGAACCCCUUCCAGAGCGACAGCUACUCGCCCAGCAUGACCAUGAGCGUGUGAGCCCAGCGCCGAGGCCGCCGGCAGCCCCCCAGCCCCCCCCCAGAAAAAACCCUUCGGAAGAAUUAACAAAGCCCCC